CGCAAAGUGACAUUCAGAAUGUGCUGCCAGUGCUGCUCUUAACUACAUAAAAAUUGUUUUUUAAUACGUGUCUGUUUUUGUUAAGAAUUAAAUUACAUAUGAACACUAUUAAAUUCCACGAUGGCACAUCGUUACCUUAUGUUGUCAAGGGGCUGUAGGGGUUUAUUUAAGAGCUUUUUGUCCCCUAAUAACAGCAUAAAGCUGCUGUCUAAACAAGCAAACAGUCACGUCGCAGUGGACAGAAGUACUGUGCUGGCUAAUGUGAUUGGUACAUAUAGAAGGCUCUGCUCACGGCCCCCCAAAGGAUUUGAGAAGUAUUUUCCCAACAGCAAAAAUGGCAAAAAAACUACUGAGUCAAAGGGAACUAAUAGUGAAGCUAAAGAGGCCAAGCCUGCAAAUGACCAGCGUUCCUCUGAUAAUAGUGGGGGAGGUAGUGAAGCAGGAGGAGGUGGAGGAGGCAAGAGAGGUAGCAGGAAGGACAAAUCCACAUGGUGGGCCAGGUUGCAGAAGGGAGACAUUCCUUGGGACGACAAGGAGUUUCGUUUGUACUUCAUGGGAAGUGUAGCGUUCUGGGCUGCAGUCUCGUAUUACUUCUUCUGGAACUCGGGGAGAGAAGUUACAUGGAAGGACUUUUUGAAUAAUUAUCUCUCCAAGGGAUUUGUAGACAGAUUAGAAGUGGUAAACAAGCGAUAUGUGAGAGUAAUAUUUACACCUGGAAAAUUGCCUGUCGAUGGGCAAUAUGUCUGGUUCAAUAUUGGCAGUGUGGACACUUUUGAACGAAACCUUGAAACUGCACAGCUGGAGCUGGGAAUUGAGGGGGAGAAUAAGCUACCUGUAGUCUAUGCUACUGAGAGCGAUGGCUCCUUCCUGUUCAGCAUGUUGCCUACAGUGCUUAUCAUUGGCUUCCUCCUGUACACGCUGCGGAGGGGUCCCACUGGGGGUGGGCGGUCCGGCCGCGGGAUGGGAGGUCUUUUCAGCGUGGGGGAGACGACAGCCAAAGUCUUGAGGGAUGAGAUUGACAUCAAGUUCAAGGACGUGGCCGGGUGUGAGGAGGCGAAGAUGGAGAUCAUGGAGUUUGUUAAUUUCCUCAAAAAUCCUAAACAGUACCAAGACCUGGGGGCAAAAAUCCCUAAGGGUGCUAUUCUGACUGGGCCUCCAGGCACUGGGAAGACCCUUUUGGCUAAAGCUACUGCAGGAGAGGCCAACGUCCCCUUCAUCACAGUCAACGGCUCAGAGUUCCUGGAGAUGUUUGUUGGAGUUGGUCCAGCUCGGGUGAGAGAUUUAUUUGUAAUGGCCCGUAAGAAUGCCCCCUGCAUCCUCUUCAUUGAUGAAAUUGAUGCUGUGGGAAGGAAAAGAGGCAGAGGGAACUUUGGGGGACAGAGCGAACAGGAGAACACCCUGAACCAGCUGCUAGUGGAAAUGGAUGGAUUUAACACAGCAACAAACGUAGUUGUCCUGGCUGGCACCAACAGACCAGACAUCCUAGACCCAGCUCUUAUGAGACCUGGCCGAUUUGACAGACAGAUCUACAUCGGACACCCUGAUAUAAAAGGGAGAGCAUCUAUUUUCAAAGUCCAUCUCCGGCCACUAAAACUGGAGCUCAGUCUAGACAAGGAGGGUUUAGCAAGGAAAAUGGCUGCAUUAACCCCAGGAUUUUCAGGUGCAGACAUCGCUAACGUGUGUAAUGAAGCUGCAUUAAUCGCUGCAAGACAUCUCUCAGAUGCCAUCAACCAAAAGCACUUUGAACAGGCUAUUGAAAGAGUAAUAGGAGGUCUGGAAAAAAAGACUCAGGUCCUUCAGCCAACAGAGAAGAAAACGGUGGCCUACCAUGAGGCUGGGCAUGCGGUAGCAGGCUGGUUCUUGGAACACGCGGAUCCCUUAUUAAAGGUUUCCAUAAUCCCUCGUGGAAAGGGGCUGGGCUACGCACAAUAUCUGCCAAAAGAACAGUACCUGUACACCAGAGAGCAGCUCCUUGACAGGAUGUGCAUGACUCUGGGAGGAAGGGUGUCGGAGGAGAUCUUUUUUGGUCGAAUUACUACCGGAGCACAGGAUGAUUUGAAGAAGGUCACGCAGAGUGCAUAUGCUCAGAUUGUGCAGUUUGGAAUGAAUGAAAAGGUGGGUCAGGUGUCCUUUGAUCUUCCUCGGCAAGGAGAAAUGGUAUUGGAGAAACCCUACAGCGAGGCCACGGCCAGACUGAUUGACACUGAAGUGCGCAUCCUUAUCAACACUGCCUAUGAGCGCACGCAGAAGCUCUUGACAGAGAAAAAAGCUGAAGUUGAAAAGAUUGCGCUAAGACUUUUGGAAAAAGAGGUGCUUGAUAAGAACGAUAUGGUAGAAUUGUUAGGAGGCAGGCCUUUUGCUGAGAAAUCGACUUACGAAGAAUUUGUGGAAGGUACAGGUGGCCUUGAUGAGGAUACAACACUCCCAGAGGGUCUUAAAGACUGGAACAAAGACCGAGAAAAGGAAGAGUACGCACGACAGAUCACCGGAGGAAUGCCAUUCUGAAUGGCAGUCAUUGUACAGUAUCUCUAUGACUCGCGCUGCAGUGCAUUUAAAAACAUGCUUUUAAUGCAGCCUUGGGCUCAGUUAACCCACAAGCCAAACAAACAUUAAUGCAUGCAGUUGGCUGUCAGCUUUGUGCAACUGCUCAUACCAGAAGUUCUUCUUAUUAGUGAUCACAGCUGCUAAAGAUCCUUACAACACUGAGUGGAUAACUUUCUAGUUAGUUGGCAGAGUGCAGUGUCAUCCACAUGUUGGUUUUUAUAACAAAACAAGAGUGGUG